AUGUCUCAUCACUGGAGCAGCCGCACUGAGGAACGGAGACCUCAACCACCAUCUCGCUGGUCUCAGGGACGAAAACGCCGCUCUGAUGGUAACCUUAGAAGACGUAAUGACGACGACUCCACUGUCUUUGAUGAAAAACCUCCCCAAGACAAGCGUCCUGACAGCUUCACCACCCCAGAAAGCCAUAGGCCUGUGCCAAGAUGUAAGGACUGGGGGUCAGCGGUGGAGGAAGAAGAAAUCUUGAAAGAAACUGUAGAAAAAGAUUUGGCCCGAUACAGAAGAAAGCUGCUUAUUAAUGAUUUUGUGCCAAGAGAAAGAAGAUCGUCUUCUGGAAGCUCUGAUUCCAAAGAUUCUUCCACUCAUGGUGAAAUGGAAACAGACCCAUCUGUCCUUGCCAGAAGACAGAAGCAGAUAAACUAUGGAAAAAACACAAUCGCCUACGACAGAUAUACACAAGAAGUUCCAAGACACAUGAGGCAGCAAGGUGUUCAUCCGCGAACCCCUAACAAGUUCAAAAAAUACAGCCGCAGGUCAUGGGACCAGCAGAUCAAGAUUUGGCGAAUUUCUCUACAUGCAUGGGAUCCUCCUACUGAGGAAGGCAAUGAACUUCAGCCAUUGUAA